AUGGCCCGCCUGCUCCGCGUCUGGAUCCGCGAUGCGCUCGGCGCCCACGGCUACGCCUGCGCCGAGCCGCUGAUCGACGACGCGGCCCAUGGCAUCGCGGCGCCGCUCGUCCUGCGCGGCCUCGUGCUCGGCCAACGGUAUCUUCUCCACGUGCUCUGCGACGGCGAGACGUGGCGCGUCGACUUUGCGCUGGCGUCGUACAUCCCGGCACGCCCCGCGUUGUACGCGCAGUACGCCGAGUACGUGCGCUGGCGCGUCGAGAAAUCCAUCUUGCAGCGCCAUGCGGCGACCGCCCAAGCGCUCCUCGACAGCUUGCCCGAGCACCUUCUCGAUGGCAUCGUCGGCUUCUUGGCCGCGCCCGACGUGGCCCGCGCCGCCGCCACGUGUCGCGUCCUGUACAAAAGCACGUGCAAGCCGCGUGUGUGGGCGAUGCUCCUCCUGCAUGACUUUCAGGUGUGGCAUGAAGGCGACGACACCAAGGCCGUCUACAUCCGACGCUCGAGAGUGCUCGCCCGCAUGCGCUCGAUGCAUCUCACCGACUUUUUUGGUCGACCGAAUGACAUCUGGCACGACGACGCACGGCCGUCACUGCGGCUGCCGCGGCUCCCCUACUACCUCCCGGCGCCUUGCCCCGAAGCACCCGCGCCACUUCGACAUCCCUUCCAUUUCAUGGACGACGACGACGACGGCGAAGAUCGCCAUCUGCUGGGACUGCCGCGGCCGUGGGCACCGCGUCGGUCGUGGCACGGGGUAUGA